GCCCGGAGGUUCCUACGCGGCGCGGGGCUCUGCGGUGAGCCGAGGCCUUGGGGGUGGCGCAGCCUGCUUCCAGCGACCAAGUACCCUGCGCGCGCGUUUUUAUGUAGAUUGUAGGGGAUGGUGUAUCCCACACACACACACACAGCGAACGUUUCCGGGAACCAGAGCCUCGUUUGAGGAGGAUCACACUGGGAGUUUGGGGCGGCUUUACUUCUCCCGCAGCAUUUUUCAUCCGAGACCACGGAAGAGGCCCUACUGCCGGGGGCCUCUCUUUGGUUGUUUAAAUUAUAACGUUCCCAACCCUGCCCUGAGCGUUCAGUCUACUCCCUACCCCCUCGCCCUCCAGCAAAAUGGUGCUAGCUAACUCAGAUGUCUGUGAGAUCCCAAGCUGUGUCAUUAACAGGGUUUUCCAGUAGAUUACGGACAGUAGACUCGCAAUUGUUUUUUUUUUUUUUUUUCUGCGCACUUGGGUAUCAGUAUACUCAGUUAAAAACAGGUGACUUUGUUGUCAAUUCAUCAGUUCUUACCUGAUCUUGAAGGGCUAUCGUGCCUCAAUUCACACUUAUAUAUUUCUUUUAAAUCACAAAUGAAAACACCUUUUAAAGAUCAGGAUACACUGGCUAAUUAUGUCCGUAACUGAUUAGCAUUUCUGUUAGGUCAAAAAGUUCUGGGAGCUUUAAGUAGCUUCUUCAGCAUCUAAUUUUACAGUAGAGAAAAGUGAAGCUCUAAUUCCAGAACCUGGUCUGGAUUGGAACUCCUAGUUCUUUGUCCUUCUUCCCCAAUCUCACACUGCCUUAUUUAUUUCUCUGUAGAGUUAUAAGAAGUUUUCAUCAGUAUACAAAGAAAAUGGCGAAAUCAUAAGUGUCUUGUAAAAUUCUAGCCAUCAGGGACACCUGGCUGGCUCUGUUGGUAAAGCAUGUGACUCUCAAUCUUUGGGUUGUGCGUUUGAGCCCUACACUGGGCGUAGACGGUACUUAAAAAAACAAAAUCUUUAGAAUAAAUAAAACUCUACCCAUUAAUCCAAUCAGCCCGUUCCAUUUUCAUUCAAGAAAUAUAAGAAAUGCUGAGUAAAAAUUAUUAGUUGCCUGGUUCCACAGACACACUGGAACAAAUCCAGAUACAGUAGAACAAACCCAAAUACGGGAACAGGAAUGGAAAUUACAUAUUUUAAACUAAAAUGCUAGAUUUUCCCAUGAUCUCUUGAAGGAAAGAUAAAAUCUGGUUUUAAAAGUUUUAUGGAGUAGAUUGCAGUAUCGUUUCACAGAAUUACCCUUAGUGUUCUAAGCCUUAAAUAAGAGUUCUUCCCUUAAUUUGUUUAUCAACUACUCACCCCCUGUAAGAGAUUUUUAGCUUCUGAAAUGUGGUUUGGAAUCAGUUCUUAGUGUUACUAGUUCCCAGCUGCUUCAAAGUACUCAGCAUCCUACAGAUUCCAGCAACCCAAUCUUUCCCUUGAUAUUUGUUUUCUACUCUGUCAGCACAGUGGCAUGAAAUCUGGCUCUAAAGAAGAAAGAUUUUCCAAGCCCCCUUGUCUGCGGAGCUGUAAGGUGAACUGCAGGAAGAUCCCAGCCCUGUACACAUGGGGCAGAGCCAGCCAAGAGGCAGGGAGAGGCCAGAGCUGUCGUUCUGUGCAGCCCACUCGAGGAUGGCCCCCAGUCUUCCGGAAGGUGCUCGGCUUGGGGAGAGCAAACCCUCGCCCUGCUCCUUUUCAAUUGAGAGCAUUUUAGGAUUGGACCAGAAGAAAGACUGUGUUCCUUCAAUGAAACCCCACAGGCCCUGGGCAGACCCCUGCAGCUCCUCAGGGGAAGAUGUUAACCUAUGUGUGCAUAUCCCGAGCCUUCCUAAUGGGAUCUCAUUCCCUUGUACUGUGGAUCGCCCAAUGCCAGAAGAAAGAUUUUUGAAAUACGAAAAUUACUUUUCAGCCUCAGAAAGACUGUCUUUGAAAAGAGAGCUGAGUUGGUAUAGAGGCCGGAGACCCAGAACUGCUUUUACUCAAAACCAGAUUGAAGUGUUGGAAAAUGUCUUUAGAGUUAACUGCUAUCCUGGCAUUGAUAUCAGAGAAGACUUAGCUCGAAAAUUGAAUCUAGAGGAAGACAGAAUCCAGAUCUGGUUUCAAAAUCGGCGUGCAAAGCUGAAAAGGUCCCAUAGAGAAUCACAGUUCCUAAUGGCAAAAAAAAAUUUCAACACAAAUCUCCUGGAAGAGAUAGGAAAUUAACACGUGAGAUUAUCUUACAGGACAUGAAGAAUCAAUGGAAAUAUCAAGCGUUAAAAAUGUGGUGUUUUCUUUUCUGCAUUUAAUCUGUUGUCAUUUUUUUCCUAAAAUAUGUUGUAAAUAUUUACUGUUAUAACAUGGUACCUAUUAUACUUGGGCACUUUUAGUUACAAUAAAGGCCUUUCCUAUAUAUUUUAAUAAAAUUUUCAGAAAAAGCCAGCUAUUUUUUAAGUGAGCAAAUUUAACCUAAUAAAUUAGUUCUCUAAAAUCAGCGAACUCAUGACUGGGUGAUUCCACAAGCUGGAUUCCAUUUACAAAAUAAUUCAAGUAAUAAUCUGAAGAAUGGCACAAAGGUAUGAUCCGUUUCAAUUACUUUUCUUCAAGUGCAUUUUGAAACAUGAUUAUUAGUUCUCUUGAUUUCUGGCAUAAAGCAGUGAAAAUUUCUCGCCAUCAAUACAAAUCCUUCUAGCAUGCCAGUUUCAAGUUGUUGUUUUGUUUUGUUUAAGCAAAAUCAUUAUGGCACAGUAGAGAUAGAAAGACAUCAAUUGUCAUAUUCAUUCCCCUGGUAUUAUAUUGCAAAAAGAUUCAAACUGCAAAUAAAU